AUGUGGGCUGCGAACGUCAAGGUGAAGACGAUCCAAGCUAGGUGUGACCGGAUGGAAGAUGAGCAGAUGCUCAUUGCAGAGAUCAUGGCCACCGGUGGCUUUGAGCGCAUCGAUGCCACUAUCGAGAGGUUUAGAGCAGAAACCUUUGGCCAGAACUACGAGCUGAUGCUGAAGGCCGUGGGUCGGCAUGGCCAGGCGCUCAAGUUCGCCAGCUUCGAGCGUCUGGAAAGAAAGCUGAUUCACAACUUAGUCCUCACAGCAGUCCGAAGCUCUGGAGCCUCUUUAGCCCAUGCCCCUGUCGACCUCAAGGCGGACAAGGAUCUGGUCAUCGAGGCCGUGAGGCAGAACGGCAUGGCCUUGCAGUACGCUGCAGAGGAGAUGCGUGUGGACCGCGAAGUCGUGCUGAACGCGGUUCAGUCGGAUGGCUUGGCGCUCCAAUUCGCAUCAGGCCCGGCCUUGAUGGAUCAUGCGGUGGUGCUGGCUGCUGUGGCCCAAGAUGGCGAAGCCUUUCGUCUAGCACCCGACAGCAUGAAGAAGAACCGCGAAAUCAUGGAGAAGGCUGUGACGACCAGUCCAAAGGCAUUGGCCUAUGUUCCAUCGGAACUGCAGAAGGACGCCCUGGAAGUGGUCAAAAGCUCACCGGAGGCUGUUCUUCAGCUGGAGAGGUCAAUGACAGUUGCUGGUAUAGUCAAUCAAGCCGAGCAAGAAGUCGAGCGAAUGGAAGAAAUGGCGGUGACGCGAAGGCACGCGAAGGAGUCUGAGAAGGAGCAAGAGAGAUUGCAGAAAUGGCUUGACCUCAUGAAGAGUGUUCGACCUCAAGUCAGAACAGAAAAGCCGAAACGUGCACUGCGGCUGAUGCUGCUGGGUUUGGACAGCCUGUUCCAGAACACACAGGAUCCAUCCGUGAUUUCGCGGGCUCGCCAGGCUAUCGAAAAGCAAUUCGAUACCACCACCGACGAGGACAAGAUGGAUUAUGUAGAUGUCCUCCUUGACAACAGCAUUGCCAUGCACGCCACGCUGAAGAACUCUCUCUUCAAGUGCCUUGUCGAGUACAAGUUGAAGCUUGCCGACAAGGCUGGUGCUACUCUAGAUCCCAAUACGUCUUCCAGUCCCGUGAGGAGGUACAGCAUGCACGUGCCGAAGUUGGAGCCCACACCUUCCGUGGAAUCUGAGCGCUCUGAACGCCACAGCGGCCGGGCAUUCACUGCGGCGACGAAGAUUCAAGUCGAUCAACUGGCCGUGGCUGGCUCUUCAAAGCUAAUGACUGACACCCCGCAGCUGAGGGUGGCCUUCACCAUGUCUGGAACUGCUGAUGGCCGCCAAGAGCGUUUCGAGAAGCCGUGGCUCAUGACCUUCAUCAUGUUCGUUUCAAUGACGCUCGCUUUACCUUUUGACGCCGGCAUGUGGAGGAAAAGCUCGCCUGAACCCCUCCUCGGUGGGCAGGUUGCAGAUCGCUGGCGGGAGAAGGUGAUCAAAGUGAUGUACCCUGCGUUUUUUGACAUCUUGGCGACCGGGCUUUGCUGCAUGGGAUUUCUGUACAUCCCGGCCAGCGUGUGGCAGCUCCUCAGAGGUGCCGAAAUCGUUUUUGCUGCCAUUUUUGCUGUGACUUGCCUUCAUCGCCGACUUUACUGUUUCCAGUACAUCGGCUUGGCCUUCUGUGUGGCUGGCAUCUUUCUAGUGGGAUUAGCCAGUGUGUGGGGUGACGACAUGGAGGCGGAGGCCAAGGGGAAGGACACCGGCAACGUGCAACUGCUGCUGCUCGGAAUCUGCCUGGCACUGGCGGGCCAGGUGGUCCAAGCAGCACAGGCUGUAGCAGAAGAGUGGCUUCUGCAGGACGUCGAUCUACCGGGUCUACAAGUUAUAGGCUUCGAAGGCGCCUGGGGCGCACUCGCCAUGCUUGUGUUUGUGUUCCCGACCCUCUACAUGCUUCCUGGGCAAGACCACGGACAUGCAGAAGAUGAGGUCAACGCAUACGAGCUGCUGAGGAGCAACCCUAUGCUGAGUGCCUUGAUGGGCUUGUACAUUUUCUCUUGUGCCACGUACAACAUGUCCGGAAUUGCAGUCACUGGAGCACUCUCUGCGGUGCACAGAGUGAUGAUAGAGGCACUCCGAACAUUGAUCGUUUGGGCCUUCGGACUGAGCAUCCACUACCUUGUGGAUCCAAAGUCGGCUCUUGGCGAGGUGGCUGGCUUCCUUCUUUUGGUGAUCGGCCAAGUGAUCUACGGAGCGAUGGUGAAGAUACCGCGGCUCUACUACCCACCGUCGGAGGAGAUCUCCCACGAUGUCGUAGCAUCACCUGGUUCCCUGAGAAACCUGACGGCCCUGCCGGAUGCCCGGCUUGUGAGCCCGGGCUCUCAUGAUGGCAGAGUGGCUGGUUCCAUCCUGAAAGAUGCGCUUCGAAUCGGUCAGCUCGUAGGAAGCCCAGCAGAGGGCAUUGGCCCAAAGUGGUGCCAUCCCGCAUGCUUCCUGGAUUUCAUCAAAAGCCGCUACGCUUCAUCUGGGGGCUGGUUCAAGAAGCAUGUCCCCGAGCCAGAGCAGAUCGCAGGCUUUGGAAGCCUGACGGCAGAUGACAAAGCGAUCAUCUCCGAGCUGAUUGAUGAAGGAAAGAAUCCUCGAGUCAUUGUGGUGACCAUCGCGGAGCUUGGCACCAAGCUGGUUUGCACCAACAUGGCUGGAAACACCGAGGAGGUUCGACUGGUCAACGCAGAUGGCAGCUUGUUUGAGGGCCUCAGGCGUACCAGUGCAAAGAAGCGGAAGGCACAGGUGAAGCCAGCAGAACACUGGCUGUGGCAUCAGCUGUUCGAGAAGGAGAGGCAGAGCGAUGGCUGGGCGGGGGUCGACUCCGACGUCCAGGAGCCAGAAAGCGGGGCGCUCCGCAAGGCUGAGGAAUUACUUAGCACUGGCCCUGGCCCGGAACUCCCGGUGAAGCUCCUGUUCCGCUUGCGCAGGUACUUGGCGCAGAGGAGAAUGCCAAGCCUUCCGGAUGCGCUUCGAUGUGCAGCAGACCACGGGCACCAGGUAGUUCUGGAGCUUUUGCUGCAUCUUCGCGCCAAUCCAAACGUUCCCGCCGACAGUGGCGCUCACGGCGUCGGUUUUACACAGGUGGGAGCGUACCCGUUGCAUCUGGCCGCAAAACGUGGCCGCCUCGAGGUGAUGGAGGUGUUGCUGAAAGCCGGAGCCUGCAUAGAUGCGGCCGACCAAAACGGGCGGACCGGGCUUAUGGUGGCAGCGGCCAGUGGACAGCAUUCUGCCAUCCUCUGGCUGCUUUGCCAUCGAGCCGCAGCGGAUAGCUGCACUCACUACGGCUACACGGCCUUGCACUAUGCGGCCCUCGUUCCGAGACCUGAGGUAGUCCACGCCUUGUUAGAGGGCCGUGCGAGCUCAAACGUGGUGGACCGUGAAGGUCGCAGUGCUUUGCACGCAGCUCUUUCCACGCUGCCCAGAGCACGUACCGAGGGUGCCGCCGUGUCCACAAGCUGUGAUCCGUCAG